GGCAGGGGCCGCGGGCCGGUUGAGGCCCACCCUCGAGGCCGCCCGCCGGCGCGCCCCGCUCCGCUCCCGUCGCUGGCUCCCGGCCCAGCCACUCCCUUGACCCAAACAGCUGUUUACAACGGAAUCCGGACGCGGCGAGAGAGCGGCGCUGAGCGCCGGAGGGAGCGACCCCCGGCGCCCGUGGAGAGCCCCUCUUUUACCGUUUCUGCCGGGGCGGGGGGCGCUGCGGUCCGGCCGAGGCCCGCGUGCAGCUCGAGCAGAUGCGGGUCUUGACGGCCGCUGGGAGGAUCCUCCUACCCUCGGUUUCCUUUUUAGGCACCGUGGAGGCUGGUGAUUGUUGAAUGAAUGAGCGCACUGAGAGCAAUUAAAUGGCUCCUGGCGGCACCCUGUAGCCUUUUAAUGAUAGUUACCAUUUGUGGAAAGCUUGUGUGCCAGGCUGCUGGGUACAAUCCCCGUUUAAUCUUACCCCCAGUCCUAGGAGGUAUGUAGCUCCAUUUUCCAGAGGAGGAAACCCGAGUCACAUUGCUAGUGAGAAGCCAGAAUUGGACCCCAGGAAAGUGAAUAAACUUAAUUGAGAAUGUCUGAAAACCUUGACAAGUCUCAUAUAAAUGAAGCAGGAAAAUCAAAAUCAAAUGAAUCUGAGAAAGGCCUGGGAGGUGCUGUGGAAUGUUCUGAUGAAGCUUUACAGAAAAAAGUAAAGUCGGACUCUUCUAACCCCCAAAGAGUACAAAGACCUCACUCUAGUCCUCCUCGAUUUGUGGCAGUAGAAGAACUCCUCGAGACGGCCAAAGGAGUCACCAACAUGGCUCUAGCCCAUGAAAUCGUAGUGAACAGAGACUUUCGGAUUAAACCAGUUGAAUUACCAGAAGGCAGCUUGGAGAAGAAAGUAAAGGACAUUGUACAUAAAGCUUUUUGGGAUUGCUUGAGUUGCCAGUUGAGUGAAGACCCCCCAACAUAUGACCAUGCCAUCAAACUCGUAGGAGAGAUCAAAGAGACGCUCUUGUCUUUCUUGCUGCCUGGUCACACUAGACUGAGAAACCAAAUAACAGAAGUCUUGGAUCUGGAUCUGAUAAAGCAGGAAGCAGAGAACGGGGCCCUAGACAUUUCUAAGCUGGCAGAAUUCAUUAUUGGCAUGAUGGGGACGCUGUGUGCACCUGUUAGAGAUGAGGAAGUUAAGAAAUUAAAGGACAUUAAAGAAAUAGUGCCCCUUUUCAGGGCAAUUUUUUCUGUGUUGGACCUAAUGAAAGUAGACAUGGCGAACUUUGCUAUCACUAGCAUUAGGCCACAUCUCAUGCAGCAGUCGGUGGAGUAUGAGAGGAAGAAGUUUCAAGAGCUUUUGGAGAAACAACCAAAUUCCCUGGACUUUGUCACCCAGUGGUUAGAAGAAACCUCAGAUGACCUUAUGGCUCAGAAGUAUAAACAUGCCCUUCCAGCUGGGGGUGAGGCUGCUGGCUCUGGGGACGCCCCUAUGCUGAGCCCUGUCGCUGUCCAGAAUUAUGCAUACCUGAAGCUUCUGAAAUGGGACCACCUCCAUAGACCUUUCCCUGAAACGGUUUUGAUGGACCAUUCUCGCUUCCAGGAGCUCCAGCUCCAGCUAGAGCAACUGACCAUCCUGGGGGCUGUGCUGCUGGUCACGUUCAGCAUGGCAGCCCCCGCAAUUUCUAGCCAGGCCAGCUCUGCUGAGAAACUCAAGAUGAUUGUGAAGAUUCUGCUAACUGAUAUGCAUCUGCCUUCCUUCCAUUUGGAGGACGCCCUGACCACGAUUGGGGAGAAGGUGUGCCUGGAGGUGAGCAGCUGCCUCGCGCUGUGUGGGUCCUCCCCCUUCUCCACAGACAAAGAGACUGCGCUCAAAGGCCAGAUCCUGGCUGUGGCCAGUCCUGAUGACCCCAUUCGCAGAAUCAUGGAAUCCCGAAUCCUGACCUUCUUGGAAACCUACCUUGCCUCGGGUCAUCAGAAGCCAUUGCCCUCAGUUCCUGGAGGACUGGGUCCAGUCCAGAAAGAGCUGGAGGAAGUCGCUGUUAAAUUCAUUCGCCUGGUCAACUAUAACAAGAUGGUGUUCUGCCCCUACUACGAUGCGAUCCUCAGUAAGAUCCUCCACAGAUCCUAACACGUGUGCCCUGCAGCAGCAGUAUUAACACUCGCCUCUGAACACCUGUUCUCAGCUAUACCGUUGCUUUGGAAAUGGCUAUGUAGUACAUUUCUAUUUAACAGCGCUGACUCCAAAGGAAAAACUGUUGUGUAUCACUGUUGAAAAGACUUGUUGAAGAAUGCACUGAAUUCUAUUUUGAGAGAUUGUAUUUAUGAGUGCAAGUUUACAAAUCAAAGAAGCUUUUUGUUAUCUUGACUUUGUAGGUAACAGCCAGCAUUUAAGGAGUUGGUAAUCUGUGUUUCCACUCCUACUCCAUCGUGAUUGUAGCAUCCACGUCCUCCCAAGGAGACUGGGACGUCUCCCUUCUUUGAUCUGGGUAGUUUUCUUCAGGUACCCCGUGCUGACAGCCAUGACUUUACCUCUUGCCCCUCCCUUCAGUACUCCGUGGUAGAAGGGCUAUAUGUCGUCUUACUGCUUUUUUCCGCCUCCGUUUAUAUCUUCCACUGUGCCUAGCCUAGCUGGGGCUCCAGAACUCUUGUUCUAGAACAGUUAUUUGAUUUUAAAAAGCUGUUCUAUUGGGCUGGGGAUGUAGCACAGUGAUAAAGUGCUUGCCUAACAUGCACGAAGCCCUGGUUUUGAUCCCCAGCAUCACAAAAAGGAAAAAAACAAA